CGCGGCUACCAGCUUAUGGAUAUGAUGAUGAAGUAGCAGUUGCGUGCGCGCCAUUUCGGCCCCUCGCAUCGUCCCUCUCCUCCACUCUGCCAUGGCUUCCUCUGCCCUGCCUUCUGGAACCUUCCACCGCCAUUCGCUCCCCUCAUCUGCUCCUCCUCAUCAUUCGAGAGAGACUGCUUGCACCCCGUGCUGCCUCCCCGGAGCCGUCUCCCGUCGGCGAGCGGCCGUGCAGCUCCUCUCCGCCGGCUUCUUGACCGCCGUCUCGCCGCCUUCGCUCGCCGCGAGGAGGGGACGCAGGGUCGUACCGCCGGAGGACUACGUCUCUGCACCUGAUGGACUGAAGUACUACGAUCUUGUUGAAGGGAAGGGUCCAACCGCUGAAAAUGGCUCUACUGUGCAGGUUCAUUUUGACUGCAUAUACCGUGGCAUCACCGCAGUGUCGAGCCGUGAAUCCAAGCUCCUAGCAGGGAACCGAAGUAUCGCACAGCCUUAUGAGUUCACUGUCGGGUCGCUGCCUGGCAAAGAACGAAAGCGGGACUUCGCAGACAAUUCCAAUGGGCUAUACUCAGCGCAGGCUGCACCAAAGCCUCCAGCCGCCAUGUACAUGAUAACUGAGGGAAUGAAAGUAGGGGGAAAGAGGAGAGUAAUUGUGCCUCCAGAGCUCGGAUAUGGGAAAAGGGGGAUGAGUGAGAUACCGCCUGAUUCUACUUUUGAGAUGGAUAUAGAGCUAUUGGAAGUUGUCCCUCCCGCAGAAAAAUAGCCGUUUUUUGUUUGCAAUGGAUGGGGAACAUUGAGGUACUUAUGGAGUGUCCCGAAUUUCAGAGGGCGAUUAAUAAUUUACUGAUAUUUGAUGUCCAUGUUAAUCAGAUAUACAAUUGUAUUCACACUAUGAUUAGAUGCAUAUUGAGAUAUUUGCUGGGAUAAAACCUCUUUGCCAGCCCAUGUAAAACCUCUUGGACAAGAAGCAGAACUAAAGUAUGUAAAAUACAUGUAAUUAAAUGUUUUAUUCAUUAUGUUGAAGCAAAAUUGGAUAA